ACAGCUCAUUUCGAACAGACCCCUGCCUGCAAACUCAAGGCUUCCCAAUUCCCCGGCUAUCCCUGGGGACCACUGACUGCAGACCAGGCCUCAUGAAAACCUCAAAGGCAUCCCAGCGCUACAGAAGCAUCCGGAGAAAUGCCAGCCAGUGCUACCUCUACCAGGACUCCCUGCUGCUUGGUAACUUCGACGACAGCUUUAAUGCUGACGAAGCAGGAGACAGCAGUGAUCCAGAACAAAUCUUCCAGAAUAUACAGUUUCAGAAAGAUCUCAUGGCAAAUAUCCGCUGCAGACCCUGGACCAUGGGGCAGAAGCUUCGGGCACUGAGACGAGCAAAGGAGAUCGUAUUGAAGUUUGAAGGCAGGCUGACCAGGACUCGAGGCUACCAAGCAGCGGGAGCAGAGCUCUGGCGGAAAUUUGCCCGUCUGGCCUGUAACUUUGUGGUCAUCUUCAUCCCCUGGGAAAUGAGGAUAAAGAAAAUCGAGAGUCACUUCGGAUCUGGUGUGGCCUCCUACUUCAUCUUCCUGAGGUGGUUAUUCGGUAUUAACAUAGUGCUCACGGUGAUGACGGGUGCCUUUGUUGUCCUUCCUGAGCUAAUCGCAGGCCAGCCCUUUGGAAGCACAGCCAGCAAGACCAUCCCCCAGGAGCAGGUCAUGUCUGCACAGGAUCUGGACACUGUCUGGUCCCUCGGGGGCUACCUUCAAUACUCUGUCCUGUUCUAUGGAUACUACGGAAGAGAGAGGCGGAUCGGGAGAGCCGGCUACCGCCUGCCCUUGGCAUAUUUCCUGGUGGGGAUGGCAGUGUUUGCCUACAGCUUCAUCAUUCUCUUAAAGAAAAUGGCUAAGAACUCCCGCACCAGCCUGGCCAGUGCUUCCAAUGAAAACUACACCUUCUGCUGGCGGGUGUUUUGUGCCUGGGAUUACCUCAUUGGGAACCCAGAGGCUGCAGAAAGCAAAACAGCUGCCAUCCUGAACAGCAUUAGGGAGGCCAUACUGGAAGAGCAAGAAAAGAAAAAAAACAAAAACAUGGCGGUGACCGUCUGCCUGAGAAUCAUUGCCAACAUCCUGGUGCUCCUCUCGCUGGCUGGGAGCAUCUAUCUCAUCUACUUUGUGGUGGACCGGUCCCAGAAGCUGGAGCAGUCGAAGAAGGAGCUGACACUUUGGGAAAAGAAUGAGGUAGGCGUGGUGGUCUCCCUUGUCACCAUGCUAGCACCAUCUGCCUUUGACCUCAUCGCUGCCUUGGAGAUGUACCAUCCACGGACGACACUGCGCUUCCAGUUAGCAAGGGUCCUGGUACUGUAUCUAGGAAAUCUCUACAGCUUGAUCAUUGCUCUUCUGGACAAAGUGAACAGCAUGAACAUUGAGGAAGCUGCUACUAAAAACAGCACAAGCCACUGGGCAGAUGCUCCCACCUUCUAUGCCACCAGGACAGUGCCUGAAGAAGGGCAGUGGCCCACACCUGUGUCAGGGGUGGAGCUCAGGAGAAACACCAGCAUGUGGGACUUGGAAGAGACAAGCUUUCUGACUUCUAUCACACCACACACAGUAGCCAACAAGACAGUGUCCUACAUGCAGGGCCCACAAGGCCAGUGCUGGGAGACAUACGUCGGCCAGGAGAUGCUGAAGCUGUCUGUCAUUGACAUGCUCUUCACUGUGGCCAGCAUCCUCCUCAUAGACUUCUUCCGAGGACUUUUUGUUCGCUACUUAAGUGACUAUUGGUGUUGGGACCUUGAAAGCAAGUUUCCUGAAUAUGGAGAAUUCAAGAUUGCUGAGAAUGUGCUGCAUCUUGUCUACAAUCAAGGCAUGAUUUGGAUGGGGGCCUUCUUCUCUCCGUGUCUGCCAGCAUUCAAUGUUCUCAAGCUCAUUGGGCUGAUGUACCUGAGGAGCUGGGCAGUGCUGACCUGCAAUGUACCCCACCAGCAAGUGUUUCGAGCUUCCAGAUCCAACAACUUCUACCUGGCAAUGCUCCUGUUCAUGCUGUUCCUCUGCAUGCUGCCAACUGUCUUUGCGAUUGUCCACUACAAGCCGUCCCUGAACUGCGGCCCCUUCAGCGGACAAGAGAAAAUUUAUGACAUCGUGUCAGAGACGAUAGAGAAUGACUUCCCCACGUGGUUUCACGUCGUUGUUGGACACAUCAGCAGCCCCGUGGUGAUACUCCCAGCUGUGCUGCUUCUGUUCAUGCUCAUCUACUACCUUCAGAGCAUCGCGAGAUCACUCAAGCUCAGCAGCCAGCAACUCAGGAUGCAGAUCCAAAACGCGAGAUCAGAAGAUAAGAAAAAAGUUGCCCAAAUGGUAGAGGCCCUAGCCAUCCCUAGUGAUGCCAGGCAGGCAGGCUCAGCCACUGAAGCAGAUCCAAGUGAAAAUUCAAAGCCAAAGGCUCUCCAAGCUCGAAUCCAGACUCAUGAAGAAAGCAGCAAGAGGCUUCUAAAGGACAGUGACCUUAUCAGCCAGCUGUCCUCUGCAUACCUGGCAACAUCCCAUAACAAUGGCAACAUGCUCAACUUUGACUCUCUGAGUAGCAAGAGCCUCAGGAUGGAGACAAUUACAAGGUCCCUGCCCCAGAGUCCUGGACAAGGGUCCAGAGGCCCCUGCUCUCCUCUUCCAGAUGGAUCCAGAUCAAGACCAGAGCAGGACACCAAUAGGAAUCCACACGGGCCGUGUUCCAGCACAGGCAACCUCCACAAGAACAGAUCCUGCUCAUCUGUCACACAAACACAGCCCCUCAAAGAUGCUCGCUCAGAGCCCCUUUCCAGAAAAAACUUUCAGCCAAUCCGUCCUCCUUUCUGUGGAUCUGAAGUCUCUGCCUUGAUGACACAUGGCCACGGUCUCCGUGCUCCCAGAUACUAUGUCGUCAAUGAGCAUGACUCUCACAAAAAGACCCACUCAGCUUUCUGGCCAGAAAGACAUUUCAAGAUAGAUGCUUUAGGUGACAUUGUUGAGUUGUACCCCAGGAAUGUAGGGCAGUACAUGUCCUGGGUUCCCCACCAGCCUUCUUCUCCACAGCUGAGUGAAGAAGAGGAGGAGAUACUGAGAAGAGAUUUGAUCCAGUGGUCAAUCCCUGCUAGCUCCCUGACAGACCUCCCUCGGUCUUCUUGUUUUUACACUGGUGACAGAUCAGAAAAUAACACCAGAGACCCUAAGUACCAGCGAAGGGUGUACUACAGAUCUGGGGAAAAUAGUUUUGAAGGCCAGCUUGAGAGGCCAAUAUUUGUACACAAAAAGCCACGACCCAGAAAUGUCCAAUACCCACAGCAUCCCCUGAAGGCCAAAGUCAAAGCUAAGUUCGAACCAUCGUUCACAGAAUCUGAUUCUGUGUCAGCAGCCUCCAGCAGUGACCAGCAAAACAGCAACAAUGACCAAUACAGGCAUGUCAUGUCCAGCCAGGCAAGAUUCCCCAGGUCUGCCAGCCAGCUGGGCAGGAGGAAGGCCAAGUACAGGCAGGUACUGCCCACAGAUCUAAAUGACCUAAUUUGUUCAAAUGUCUAGGCUUCCUCUAUCCAUGUCUCUUCCUAAAGACUGGAUCUCUUUGGAAGUAUUGAAGGCACAUCGUCCCAUUCUUCCUGGAAGAGAAGACCUAUAUGUGAGCUGUUAAAGAUCUGUAGAGCUUCUUUGGGCUUAUACAUAACUGCUGUCCGAGGUUCUGAGACCCAGGGGCUGUAAUUUCCUAUUCAAAGCAAUGGGGUAUGCAUGGCCAUUCCCAAUGUUUCUUUAUGUCUAGCAUAUAUCACUGUAUCAGGCUGUCAUUUCAAGAAAAUACCAGGCCUUUUAUUCCAUUCAAGAUGGCCAUGCUCACCUGCAAGCCAGACAUCUCAUCAUGACUGCAAAACCCAACCUCAGCACUCUUCUUAUCUUUAGUUAACAUGAGUGAGUGCUUUGCACUAUGAUCUUUUGAUGUAUGAGUAUCAGGACUCCAUAGUGAGCACCAAAAUUAGGUGGCUGCCCUUGAAGUGUUCAGAGUACAUAGUUUAUGAGGACAACAGGUUUAGUUGUGGCCAGAGUAGAACACUGCAAACCUAUUUAACUCUGUAUUACUCUAUCAGAACACAGAUUAGAAAUGACCACAAAUUUAUAGCUGGGUUUUCCUGGUUCAUGGGAAGGAAGGGGGUUGAGACUCAGCGGAACCAAAGCUCAAACAUCCCUAAAACCACCCAUCUUCUUACCUCUCAGCUCUGAUUCUGUGGUUGCCAAUCUUGUUUUCCCCCAGUGCCAAUAGACAGAGAUCUGUUUCAGUUCAGGUAGGAGGUGAAAAAUUCACAGUCACAGAGAUGCCAGGCCCACAGCCGCCACGUAACAAGUCCACAGAAAAGAGCAGAGCUGCCCCUACCCACUUCCCACUAUGUCUGCUCACAAGGAGUUGUUCUUUGGCUUCCCUGACAGGCCCUGUGAUGGGUUUGCCAGCUGUGUGCUCCAUCCCAUAGUAACCAGCUUGGUGCCCUGACUCCUAUUUCCAUAUCUUUUUUAAAAGCCCUGACUUUUAAUAUUUCUGUCUCCUCUACUAAAUACUCUGAAUGUCUGGAACAAACGGCACCAUGGUUCUACAUUCCCAGUAACUGACACACAACAGAUGUCACAUGUGUGUUUUCUAUCACUGCUGAUGAUUAGAAUAACAAUGGGGACCCUCACACAUUGAAUUUCUUUGGCAACAGGGAACAUCACAUUGACCAUUGACAAUGCCAUGGUCUGGUAAGCCUUGAGCAUAUACAGCAUCCAGAGCAAGGAAAAGGUUUCACAGGUAAAUGAGUCUUUCAUAAACUCUUUCUGUCAACUCUCUUUGUUAGUGAGAUCAACAGCAAGGGUGGCACCAUCCCAACCAAGGUCAGACAGAUGUCCUUGCAGAGGUAUGGUCUGCACUUGUGGUAACCCUAGUGCCCGGUUGAGAUUCUGGUCAGAUCAUCUGUUAUCCUGUCCACGUGCACCAAUCUCCCUGCUUCACAACCACCAUGUUUCAUUUGCUUUCUUGUCGGAGCAAUUCUGUUCUGCCUGUUGCGAUUUUUACACCACAAGUGGCUUCUUAGGAUGCACACUUGUUGUUCUAGCAUCUCCAGGGGUCAGGAGUACAGGCAUGGCUGGCUGGGUCCUCUUCUCCAGGUCUCACCAGGCAGCAGCUGAGGCACCAUCAAGGGCUGACAUCUCACAGAGGCCCCAAGCCCUCUUGCAGCCUCAUGAAGUUCUUGGUCAGAUGUCCAGGCUUUAAGGUUGUAGAGGCUUCCUGCAUGUGCCUGCUAUCCAACAUGGCUGAUGGAUCUACACUGGCAGUGAAAUGUGUCCCCAUUUGUUACCCAACAUGGCUGAUGGAUCUACACUGGCAGUGAAAUGUGUCCCCAUUUGGUACCCAACAUGGCUGAUGGAUCUACACUGGCAGUGAAAUGUGUUCCCAUUUGGUUUCCAGUCCCUUUUGUCAGGGGUAAUAUGGGCCCUCAUUUUACAAGUUGAAAACCCUUCUUCCUGAUUCCUAGAAGUUGACUCAUGGGGGACCUUAAUCAUAGCAUCAAGACCAUUUCACCUUUUCUGUAAAACAUAGCCCUACCAUAGGAUGACAUUUCCUAGUGUUCAGAACAUUCCACAAACCAUCCAUCCCAUAGAGGCAGGAAACUUGGAGGCCUGCCACAAAUUCUUAGUACCUUGCUAGAUGUAAAUAGAUGAAUGUCCUAAUGACUAAAUCACAUAGGGUAAGGCCACUGGAUCAGAGGCCAAGGUAACUCCCAAUGCUAACCACGAAGGUUUGUAUAAAUAUUGGUAUUUGCAAAGGUCACACAUCUGUGGAUAAUCUCCCUCACUGAACUCAUGAGGAUGAGUGUACAAGUUUUUGAAUUCUAUGUCAAGUUGGCUCUAAGAGGUGAUGGUCUGGAUGGUUCUGCAGUGACUGGAAUGUCCUUUAGUGGCAGAGGUACCCACAGCAGUGCCACAGUGAGGAGACAUACCAUGGUUCUGGGAUUAGGGCUGGGGCCUAGAGUUCCCUGGCACGUGAAGAUAGGUUAGGAAAGCCAAACCUAUUUCCAGACACCUGCAGGAUCAGCAACCUGUGUUGCAAGGGAAAGAGAGAGUGUGAGAUAGCCAGGGUUGAUGUGUGAGUUCAGAGCAUGUGUAUAUAGCACCUUGUACUGGGUGAUUCCAACUUAGAAAACUUUAGGACACCGAUUAGCACAAAAUUGAGUGUGGUGAGUACCCAUAUUCCCCUUACAAAGGUCAACAAAUGUUUGUAUUUUGUUUCCAUGGAGCCAUUUUUGUUUAAUAAUAAAUCACUAUAAAGCUGUAUCUGGAAGACUGAAACAAGAGGAAUGGACCACAAGUUCAAGGUCAGCUGGAGCUACAUCGAUCCAGGCUAGCCUGGGCUACAUAAGGAUACUCAGAAGAGAGAGAUAAUCAGACUAUUCUCUAGCCCCCACACUACAGGUCCUCCCUCUCACACUGUCAAGAGUUCAGUGUAAAUUGAUCCAGUAGCUUGUUGUUACUGAAAUAUUAAAUAGUCUCAGCAUGGGGUUCCUUCCUGCCAUAGACCAUUUGACCAUUUAUGUUCCUGGAUGAAAGACACACACACACACACACACACACACACACACACACACACACAGAGAGAGAGAGAGAGAGAGAGAGAGAGACAGACAGACACACACACACACACACACACACACACACACACACACACACACACACAGAGCCUUUAUAGUUUAAUAUGCCCUAAGCAGCACAAUACCCGGGCAACUGCCUACCCGCCAUGCUGUUAGAGUUCAGUUUCUAUCCAUAGCUCCCUUAUUACUUACUGUUUCAAUAGGGCUGCUACUAGCUCCAAUUGGCCAGUCCACAUGGCUAUGUUUACUGGAACCUCCUUUCUCCUCUCCCACACUCUCUAAGGCAUGGCAGCUCUCCGACUCCUGCUCCUUCCUCAUGGUCUCAAGCCUGGGAAACCUAAACGCCACCUAUGUCUCUUCUUCCCAGCUAUUGGCUGGGGGCAUCUUUAUUUGCCAAUCAGAAUUAACUGGGAGCAGAGUCCCUCAGUGUCUUACUUGUGGACUUUCUUGUACAAAUAGUUUUGGGGGACACAGAUUAACAUUAGAACACAAGCAGCUUUAGGCCAAACCCACUAUAGAUUGUCCUAUUUAUAAACACUGUAUUGUGAAUCUAUCAUACAAGAAUCCAUAGGUGGUACCUAUGCCUUAAGCCAAUGCUACUAUCCUAUAUCUAUUACCAUACUUAUUUGUAUUUUGAGAUCUAGCACAGGACUAUGCACAGAUAAAGCUCCCUAUGACAGCUGGGUAGUGUUUCAUUAUUGGAUAAACUAUAUGGUAUCUCUUCUUUUCCUUCACUAUGGGUAUUGAAAUAAUUUCUGUGUAUUCCCUACUGAAAAUGUGUGCUAAAUAUCUUUUGUAUGUUUUCUUUGAGGUUAUUAGUCCUAGAAAAGAGAAACUUGAGCUUGCUGCAGGCAAAUAUAUCAGUGUUUCU